AUGUCGAAAAGAGUCACCAUCUUCGAGCCCCCACCACUCGAUAAUAGCAAGGCCGCUAUUGAAAAUGUCCUUGAUCUAACCCCAAUCAGCGACAUUGGCCCAGACGUCUUCACAAACACCCGACCGUUAUGGCAUCCCCCUGGCGCGCGCGGCAUCUACGGCGGUGCUGUGAUCGCGCAAUGCCUCUCUGCCGCACAACGGACUGUCCCUGACAACUUCUUCGUGCACAGUAUGCACUGCUACUUUGUUCUUGCCGGCGACUCCGAGAUUCCUAUCGUAUACCAUGUCGAGCGCGUGCGCACCGGCCGAAGCUUCGCCACCAGAACCGUGCAGGCACGGCAGCGCGGACGGCCCAUUUUCACAACGACGCUGAGUUUCAACGCUGCGAAUAGUGGUGGGAAGAAGAGAUUGGAACAUGAUUCGAAGAUGCCUGAUACGCCGCCACCGAAGAAUAUAUCGAACCCGCUCGAGGCGAAGAGUCCAUUUGAGUCACAGAGGUUGGAUGAUAGUUCAUAUUUGACAUCCGACGAGAUGAAUAUAGAAGAUAGGAAAUUCCGCCAAUGGAUACGCAUCCGCGGCAAAAUUUCCGAAGGAGGCGGCCACCAAGCCCACCUUUCAGCAUUUGCAUACAUGUCGGAUAGUUAUUUCAUCGGAACUGUCGCGCGUCUACACAAAAUCCCUCGAUUCUCCUCGCCAACCGCCCUCUUACGCGCCCUCAAGGCGCUUAAGAAUCCCUCCGAUGUCGACAGCGAAGCCCUAUCACGCUAUUUUGAAGAAUUAGCCGAGGAAGAAGCAGCGGAGAUCCGCGCGAGUUCGUUGAAUGGAACGCUGACUACGAAUAAACUGUCGUCUAUAAUCAAGAGAAAAGAUAACAGGGAGAUUGGCAUGAUGGUCAGCUUGGAUCAUACGAUUUAUUUCCAUAAUCCCCAGGCUCUCAAGGCGGAUGAUUGGCUGUUGGCCAGUAUUGAUAGUCCCUGGGCUGGGGAGGGUAGAGGCUUGGUUACGCAGAAGGUUUGGAAUAGGGACGGUGUGCAUGUGGCGACUUGUGUUCAGGAGGGUGUUGUCCGACUACGGCAAGACGAGGAUCAGGCGCCAGAAGCGAAAUUAUAA